GCCUCCCCCUACUUCUGCAUAUCGAGUUUAAAAGCCCUGGCUUUUGGAAGCAGCAAGUGAGAAGCUGAUUUACCAAACACUGCUCUGGGCUUUGCUUAUAAUCACUGGAGGCAAGCAGCCACACUCUCUAUGCAACGGUGGCCCAGAUUUAUAGAGGAGUGUGUUUAGUGCGAACCGCUUCUUAUCUUCGGCGGUGUGUUCGAGUAUCCGAAGCCACACACAACCAGAUCGCCCUCUCUCUCUCUCUCUCUCUCUCUGCAACUUCGCGGUGGAUAGAACCUACUAGAUUCACCAGGCAAAGGUGAGGCUUGUUAUCCAUGAAUCUGUGUAGCUAUUUUGUUGUCUAUUCAGUCCUUCUGGUGUCUGGUGCAUCAACACAAAAGCAUUGGAUGUAAUUACAUGAGUGACAAUGGCCAUCUGUGCUGUCAACUUAGCGGUGGAUGCAGAGUUGGAUUUAUGCUGCAUGUUGAAGGUUCUGUAAUUCAAUACGAUAAGACAGAAGACUGGAAAUGAGGUAUUUGAUCAGUUAGCACCAGUUUGUUUAUUCGAGCGUCAUCUAUACCUCUGUCCAUAGGGUUCAGACCCAAACAGAGAAAAUCAAUUUAAUUACUGUGUACAGAUAGAGUUACUGCAAUUGAGUAUAGCCUCACCAUUUGAGUAUGGCUGAUGCUGCACAACUGCAUAUUCCUCCAGAAUCUGUGAGCAGUCAAACUGCAAAAUGCCAAGAAGAAUGUACAUCAAGACAGGCACAUGCAAUUGGUUCUGAAAGUGGUUAUAGUGAACCAACCAAGAAAAAUAUCGGCUGUGAUGUUCUUCAAAAUGAGUUACAGGAAAAAAUCUGCAACGCAUCUAAUAGUGCUGAUGAUCAAGUUCAGUCAUUUAGAGAUGUGACAGAGAAAUAUCGCCUUGAGCAAUCAGGAAUGCCUCCUGAAGAAGUGAGGAACAGUAGUCAAGGUGGCGUAAACCUUCUUAUACAAUCAGCACAUGGACAUGAUAUCGGCUCCAUACAGAUUCAAAAUAAAGAAACAACAACAUCAUUAUCUAGUUGUACUACCGAUAACCACUUGCAACCAUUUUCUGACAAUGUGAUCAAGACUUCUCUUGCUGAAGAUCUGGGUGUGAAUCGUCAGACAGGAAAAACUACAUGUUCUGAACAGAUCUCACUGGAACAGAGAAAUGAUUAUGGUUUUGGAUCAUCAUCUAGUGAAACAAGAGGAAAACAGCAGCAUAUUGGCGCUGAUAUUGUUCAAAAUGAUCUCUUACAAUCUAUAAUUCAAGAAUUCAGCUGUGGCAAUAAACAAUUACAGUCGAUUAGCAAAACUGUGAACAUGACAUACCCUAAUGAGCAAGCUGGAGUGCCUCGGGAAGAUGUGAGCAUGACAUUGGAGCCGACUAUUAAUUUUGGUUCUGGAAUUUCAUGUAGUGAAGUAGCAGAAGACAAGCAGCAUUUUGGUUCCGAUGUUCAACAUAAUGAAGCCUUACAAAGCCAAUAUUGGACCAGUACAUCUGGAAUGGAGGUACCCAGCUGUGAAGAUAUUGAACCAGUGCAGUUGUUUUGUGAAAAUUUGAACACUUGUUCUCCUAAGGAACAGACAAGACUGUCUUGUGAAGCUGUGAAACAUACUGCAGAGCAGAUAAAUGGUGUAAAUUCUGGAACUUCAUAUAAUGAACCAGCACGAGAAAACCACAAUUCAGGCUCUGAUUUUGUGCAUGAUCAACCAUUACAAACUAUCAUUCCGGUAAUCAGCUGUGGUGGGAAUGAACAGUUGCAGGUGGUAAAUGAGAAUGUAAGUCUGAAUUCUCUAAGUGAACAAGCAGGACUACCUCAUGAAGCUGUGAUAGAGACUUGUCUGACUGAAAAGAGUUCAUGCUCUCUCCGAACUGCAUUGGUUCAGAUCAACGAAUCUGGUUCGAGAAGUGUACAUUGUGAACCUCAGGAACAAAGAGAUCAGCCUGGCUCUUUACCUUCCCAAAAUGAUCAAGUUAAAACUAGCACCGCUGUAUCCAGCUCCAAUGUUUCUGAACACUUGGAUCCUUAUGUUGAAAAGGUGAUGAAUUCUGCUUGUAAGGACCAUACUGAUGAACUAAUCAAACCUUACACGGAAAAUGCAGCCCAAAAUUCCAGUCUUGAGCCAUCAGAAACAGCUUCUGAGAGUGCAACAAAAAAUUCUAGCGAGUUCGGUUGCAAGGAUAAGCGAAAAUCAAGUUCAAGACGAAAAUCAAGAUCUUUGGUAAGCAGUGACAGAGUUCUGCGGUCAAGGAUGGGCGAGAAACCUGAGGCUCCUGAAUUAAAUAAUAAUGUUGCAACUCUUGAUUCAAGCAAUAAUGUUGCUAAUGCAAGCAAUGAGAAAGAAAGAAAAAGGAAGAGGAGAAAGAAGAAACACAGGGAAAGAAUUGCAGCUGAUGAAUUUUCAAGGAUCAGGUCGCAUCUUAGAUAUUUCCUGAACCGGAUAAACUAUGAGAAAUCUCUUAUUGAUGCUUAUUCUGGUGAAGGUUGGAAAGGAAACAGCCUAGAGAAAGUAAGGCCAGAGAAGGAGCUUCAACGAGCUACCUCUGAAAUACUCAGACGGAAAUCGAAAAUAAGAGAUCUUUUUCAACGUCUUGAUUCAUUAUGUGCUGAAGGAAUGUUACCAAAAUCUUUAUUUGAUGAAGAAGGAGAGAUUGAAAGUGAAGAUAUUUUCUGCGCGAAAUGUGGUUCUAAGGACAUAUAUGCUGAGAAUGACAUCAUACUCUGUGAUGGGGCUUGUGACCGUGGAUUCCACCAGCACUGUCUUGAACCGCCUCUAUUAAGUGAAGCAAUUCCACCUGAUGAUGAGGGUUGGUUAUGCCCUGGAUGUGACUGCAAAGUUGAUUGCAUUGAUUUGCUCAAUGAAUCACAAGGAACAGAUCUAUCUAUUACUGACAGCUGGGAGAAGGUAUUUCCUGAAGCAGCUCUUGCAGCAUUAUCAGGACAGCAUCAGGAAAACAACCAGGGACUUCCUUCAGAUGAUUCAGAUGAUAAUGAUUAUGAUCCUGAUGGUCCAGAAACGGAUGAGGAAGUUCAGGGAGCAGAAUCCAGUUCCGAUGAAUCUGAAUAUGCAUCGGCUUCUGAUGGACUUGAGACCCCAAAAACUAAUGAUGAGCAGUACUUGGGCUUUCCUUCUGAUGAUUCAGAGGACGAUGAUUUCAACCCUAAUGCUCCAGAUCCCACGGAGGAUGUUAAGCAGGACAGUUCAAGCUCUGAUUUUACAUCUGACUCAGAGGAUCUCGCAGCUGUACUAGAUGAGGAUACUAAGUCUUUCGAAAAUGGUGGAGGGCCCCAGUCAUCUGUGUUGAAAGCAAAUACGCGUCUUAGAGGCUCUGAUGGAAAAAGUUCAAAACGUGGGCAGAAGAGACAUUCUACAAAAGAUGAGCUAUCAUCUUUAUUAAAGUCUGAUCAUGGUCAAGAUGAUUCAGCACCUGUUUCUGGGAAAAGGCACGUAGAGAGGCUGGACUACAAAAAAUUGCAUGAUGAGGAAUAUGGAAAUAUUCCUACCAGUGAUGAUGAAGAUUAUAAUGAAACUUCUGCACCAAGGAAAAGGAAGAAAGGCACUGGACGAGUCUCUCCAAAGUCACUGGAAGGAAAACCCUCGACCAUUAGGAAUGGAGUAACCACCAAAGAUAUAAAAGAUGAUCCAGACAAGAAUGAGCAUACCCCUAGAAGAACUCCUCGACGAAGAUCAAGUGCUACAGGUAACUGUACACCAAAUGAAUUGCUUAAAAGCUCUCCUAAGUCUGGUUCUACCAGUGGGCAGGCUAGAGCAUCAACAUAUAGAAGACUCGGGGAAGCUGUAACUCAGCGACUCUAUACAUCCUUUAAGGAGAAUCAAUACCCAGACCGAAGUAUGAAGGAAAGACUAGCCCAAGAACUAGGAGUCAUGGCUAAGCAGGUUAGCAAAUGGUUUGAAAAUGCUCGCCAUUGUGUGAAAGCAGGCUUGGCUGUGCCUCAAGCUAUGAGAAACCGACCUGACCAAGCAGAAAAUAGUACUAGAGAUGCUGAUGACAAUGGAGCUCAAAAGAAUGAAUCACCAGGGACAGAUGAUGCUGUAGCAGGUAGCUGCAGCCAGGAUGUGAAGGAUAAUACAUUGGUGACUCCGAAAGGCAGUCGAGGGAAGACUUGUGCCCCCAAGGGUAGAAAGAGAAAAUCCAUGCCGGAGCCUGGGGGAGCGGAUCUUGAUGAACAAUUUAAGACACCACCAGAAACUAGUGGUAAAGGUGGUCGAGUUACUAGACGUCGAAAAUCUGUUGCUUAAUUCAAAUUUUGAUGAUUAGGAGAGUAGCUUUAACCAUUUACCGCUUACAAAUUGAGCCUCGGGUGUCAAGAAAUCUGCCCCCAUCUUAGUAUUGAUCCUGAGACCCAUCUUGUUAGACUGUGUAGCGUAGCUGAUUGUUGUUUCGGGUAAGUCGGCUUUAAACUAAACUAUACCCCCUCCCCCAAUGCUUUAUGGCUCCCUUGUAGAACUAGCUCAUCAGCAAUUCCAAUUUUCCUAGUACAUUGCUCUUGCA